AUGUCGGUAAUUCAGCUGGAAGUACAUCUCACAGCAGAAAUUGUGCUUUAAAAAGACAUGGAGAUGGUUUUCAUAAAAAAUGUCCUGAUUUGAAGGGCAUCAAUAACGUCAGAAAGUCUGCUUCUAACAAAGCAGUAGCAAUGAAAAAAAUACAAAAACUACAAUCAGAUCUAAAGUCUUCAUUGGCAUUCGAAGAGACUGGAACAAAUGGCCUUGGGGAUUCUAAGGAGGGUAGACAGGGGGAGAGAAAGAUAGACACCAGAAGACCUGUUUUGGAUGAUGCCCAGUUCCUACAGAGGCCUGUGGUUGUGGAUAAACCCACCAUAACCCCACCAGUAAAAGUUCCAGUCCACCUAUUUAAUGUUAUUCCAUCCAAUAAAUCUAAUAAGUCCAUUUCAGAAAAUGCAGUAUUUGCAAAGGGUGAAGAUGAAAAAUUGACAACAAAGAGUAGAGUAGAAAAAUACAAAGGCAAAUGUCAUCACUCUGCUUUUAAGAAUCGGGUAUUGCCAUCUACCAAGCAUGCGCAUGCUAAGAAAAAGUGCCUAAAGAACUCAUCAAAGGAAAAUCACAAGGGUGAAGAUGAAAAAUUGACAACAAAGAGUAGAGUAGAAAAAUAUAAAGGCAAAUAUCAUCACUCUGCUUUUAAGAAUCGGGUAUUGCCAUCUACCAAGCAUGCGCAUGCUAAGAAAAAGUCUCUUAAGAAAUCAUUUAGAAAAAAUGACAAGGAAUGUGAAGGUGAGAAGAGGAUGAAGAAGAAGCAUGCUUAUGAGGAUCAAGCCACCAAAAAGGGCAUUGGAAUGGCAUUUUUCCAGAGGGUAAUUUCAGUUUUUAGAAGAAAUCAGCAGUCCUCAAAGGGGAACGAGGAAAUAUUGCACUUAAGUAGUAGAAUGGCAGUUCCACAAAGCAAAAUGGAUGUUUCAGGUUUCAACAAUGGAUUACGUGACCGCAUGCAGCAGAGCAGAGCUGCAAAGUGUGAUAGUUACCAAUCUGUAAUGAAGGAGAUGAAAGGAAAAGGAGAGAAGAGAUUGGCAUCAGAAAUAUCUGUAGUUACACCAGUGUUUGAAAAGGGUGCUACACUAACCCUUGAUGAACUUCAAACGGAGAUAGGCCACACUCCAAGGAGGCUCAGAACAGUAUGGCUUGAUACAAAGUACAUGGAUACGGGAAGUCCUGCAACUGAAAGCAAUAUACUGGAUACAAACCAAAAGCUACAGGAUGAAAUUGCUACCCUACAGAGAGAAAUGGAAAAAAUGAAACACGAGAAUUUCAUGCUGAAACAAGACAUGGAAACAAUGCGAGAUGAGAAUUUAGUGCUGAAAUGGGACAUGGAAACAAUGCGACACGAGAAUUUAAUGCUGAAACAAGACAUGGAAACAAUGCAAUACAAGAAUUUAAUGCUGAAACAAAACAUGGACAGACGGCAAUGGAAAGACAAACAAAAAGUGAGUGCUACAAUACCACAGAUGGAACGUCAAACAACAUCAUUAAAAGAGAUGAGAGAAGAGUUGUUAAGAAAUGUAAGUCAAAUUGGAUGUUAACUAUAUUGAAAUUUAACUUGUCAUCUUUAGGAGGCCUGGCUGUGGCAUGCUAUUUGAGUGCAGGCAUUACCAUAAGGAACAGGUACCAGCCUCUAUUCCCCACCUGAGCAGGCCUGCAGGUGUCUUCCUUUCUCUCUCCCUCUAUUUUUGACAUCCUCUGAAAUUACUCUCACCUGAUGUAAGGAAGUCGAAAAGCAGAAAGAGAAACAAUGGAAAAGUAAUAGCCAUCAGCAGCAUUGGAGUCAUAGUGCUGACACUGAGCCCCAGCAAUAAUUCUGGUGGUAAUUCAAAGACAAACAACAAAAAAAUAUCACCAUGAAUCUUAGAAUCAGUUUGCAUUGAUA